AUGUGUUGCUGCUGUUCUGAGAAAUGUAACUGCAGGCCUCUCGGCUUUCUUCUUGGCUUGCCGUUUGCCUUUCUCUCCAUUUUUGUUGGCUUCGUUGGUGUUGUUAUUUGGAUAGUUGGAUCGGUUCUGAGUUGCAUAUGUCCUUGCUGCUUUUGUGUGACUGUGGUAAUUGAGUUCGCAUUGGCUUUGAUCAAUGCUCCAAUUCUAGUCAUGAAAUGGUUCACCUCCAAAAUCCCAUGUUAGGAUCUUUUUGCUUGAAGAUUAUACAACAAAUAUUUAUCCAAUCUCUAUCAGAUAAUACUGACUUGAUUGUUGAAACCAAGCUUGUUCAACAAAUCGAAGGCAUUAGUUGCCAUUAUUCAUAGGUAGUGAUGUUUAAGAGUUUUUUUUCUUGGGCCACAUUCUUGUUUCUUAGUUUAUAAAGCGUAUGAAUAGAAAACAUAGCAUUUGAUGACAAAUUAUGUAUCUUGUUUAUCAUCAUCCAAGGCGUCAGAUUCGCAUUUCAAGUACAUCAAAUAAAUUAUUCCAUUUCCAUCAUGAGUACUACGUACAGAAUUUCAACACAA